UAAAUGCAGUUGAAUGGAUCUGUGUAUUUUAGCAUGUAAUUCAGCCAGCUUCAACUGAAAUUGUUUCUUACUGUUGUUUUUGCGUAUUGGCUUCUCAUUAAUAGGCCUGCACUGGUGUUUAUAAAGGUAAAAUAUCUUGUUAUUAUUCAUAUUAGAACAUCGAAGGUCAUAAGUAAACCCGCUCUUUUCUCCCGCGCUCUACUGUUCAGUGAAAUGUGGUGGUAUUGGACACAAUAGUGAUGUUCUCUUGUAGGAAAAUCAUUUCUAAGCAAAAUAUUUGUGUUGUUUUCUUAAUUGUUAGUGACGUAAGAGAAACAUUGUGGAGUGUUCGUUCUUUCAGAGUUUUUUCUUGACAUAUUUCUGCAUGGAGUAUAACUUUAAUAAAUGUUCCGGUUGUGAUGUCACUUGGGGACUGCACCCUGCUGUCUGCAGAUGCCAUGAUAUUGUAACCUCACCUAUGUAAGUUCACAAGCGGCUAGUGGUACUGAUACAGCGUGUUAGUGAAACAUCCAGACGUGACAUUUAGUUUGCAAUUCUAGGGCCGGUACAGUUCUUGCUAAGGAAAAACGUUCUUUAUUUCUGUGUCAUGUGAACACAAGACAUGGAACAAUGGACACGAAAAAAUGUGUGGACGAAGUGCUGUGUUGCAAUGAUUUUCAGUUCUUCAAAUUGUGAGUUUUAUGUAGGCGCACUACACUGUACAGACAUGGAAAAGUGGACGUAUCUUCAAGGUCUAUCAGACAGCAAAGCCUUUCACUGCAUCUUGUGACACGCGUUGGGAGUUGGGCGGGACGUCGGAAGAGUCUGUUGCAUUCAAGGCGAGGGAUUUUCUCUUCAUUACCACGUUUCGACCUCCUAUACAGUGGGCGUGGCGUGAUGCUGUCUACUCACUUCCGGCAGUUUUGAGAAUCGUGCUGCAGAACACUGAGUGUGGCAACCAUCAGGCAACACAACAAUAAAUAAGGGGCGGAGGGAGGAGACGUAGCAACCGUUCCUCACACGAAAAUUGCCGAAGGGAAAGAACCGAGAAUAGCCGAAGUCGCGUAGAAGCAGCAAGGACCAUGGAGGGGGGGUGCGGAGGAGGGGGAAAGUCGCGUGCAGUGCAUCUUGUUUGUAUUUCGAACUGUGUUCGAAUAGGAGCAGGCAGGCCAAGUAAAGUUGCCGGCAGUUAAGACAGCCACCUUCCAAAAACACCAGCUUUCUUGGAAAAAGGGAGGUUACCCCUCCCUCCCUGCCGUUGUCAAAGAUACGUUGUUCGUCAGUGUUGCUAGGACGUGUUAGUGAUUCUAAUUCAGACAUUAGUAAUAAAUAUUGCGCUGUCUGGCAUCGUGGGUGCAUUGGCAAGUGUAAAAAACAGCUGUCAGCGAGUAACAGACCGUCAUCGACUCUACACACCGGCAGAAGAUAAGCAGAAGUUGAUCCACGGAAGAAAUUCUUUUCUACGCUUGUAUAAAAACGCGAAGCAAGAAAAAGACGUGUGUUGCCAGAGAGAAGAAUAAAAAAAAAAGAACUGCCAUCAAAAGUGGACGUGAAGGAUUCACCCCCUCGCCUCUCCCCCAUCCCUCUCCAUCAUCCCCUAUGACUGUUUUUUGUGCUAUCAGAGUAGCCGCAAAAGAAAGCACUUCCACGGCAGGCACAAGCAGACGGUUAAAUGGAGCAUGUGUUGUCAGUAAUAUAGACCAAAGUGUACAACUUUUUGUGUUCGUGAUUGUGUGUGUUUGAACAUAGACGACACGACAAAGGAAUUCAUUCCGUUUGCCUUACACAGAAAUUACGGUUUUAUUCGUAAACUUGAGAAGCUUGCUACAGUUCAUUCAUUCUAAACAUGAUUCAUCAUUGUUGCAGUGUUGUCAAUAGUUACGUUUAAAUUUAAGAACACAGAGAAACGAAUCCUUGAAGAUGACAUACCAACAUAUAGAUAUGUGUUUCGAACUACAAGUGACAUAGAGAUAGCCAUUUCGCAAGUGUGUUUACCGCGGAUGUACUGGGUGUCAUUCUAACAGUGCAGCUAUAUGUUAUAAAACAUAAACUUGAAAAUCAAGUUUUAAAAGGAUUCUGUUCAGUAGUGAACGUUAAGAUUCCUUCGUAGAGAGAUAGAGUGCAUUUCAACAUUACACUUAUAAUAAAUUGUGCUGGUUCUUCAUCUAAUUUAUGAACAAAAAUUACACAAUGAUCUGUGACAUUGGGAAGGGUUAAAAUUUAGGUUACCCUUAGUUUAAGGGAAGCCUGUUCCAUUACAGGCAUAAGUGGUUAAUGAACGUUAGGCCUAUAUACUUAUGAGUGUCAAAAUGUGUAGUGGUAAAGACAAAGGCUGAGAAGGAAACUGUGAUACAUUCUAUUUCCGCUUCUCUGCUACGAAUCUCCCGCCAAGAGCGCAUUUGAAUUGGUGAGGAACUUUUGAAACCACGCCGACGCCGUAACGCCGCCAAGAUGUACCCGUGGUACCGGGAUUCCGUGAGUCAGCUGGGACAGUUCUGCGCGCCUGGGAACCCCAUGUCUACAACUAUAAAGACUGAGAAUGGUUACAACGACUGUAUGCUGGCACUUGAUUACGCCGCCCAGAGCAAGAAAGCUGCUUUCGUCUGGUCGUCUCCGGCCGAACCAUCGCCACAUCCCCCACACGUCCACCAUCCAGGAGGGGGUGGCAUACACCCCGGAGGGCCCGGGGCAGUGGCCGUGUCAGCAGGUAGCAAGCCGGGCGGUGGCGGAGCUCCUGGGGGCCCAGGAGGGCACCAGGGCAACCCCACUCAGGGGCUAGUGCACUGGAUGUCCGUGAUGGCAGAGCACAUGAACAGUGCAGCCGGCAACCCGCACCACGACCCUGCAGCUGCCGCAGCUGUCCAUUACAUGACGUGGAACGGUGUCGAGCAAUGCGGACCUCAUGCCAAGGAAGUGGACUACACGUGGCCAAGGCAGUCAAUGGUGGCGAAGCAAGGAUAUGAGGCCAAAAUGAAUUCAUCCGACCAAUCCAUGCAGAAAGGGGGUAGUUUGGAGGAUACCCGCAUGGAAUCGGGAGCCCAUCAGGGGGGUGCUGGAGGAAUGCCCCCAGGCUCCAUAUAUAACAGUACGGGGGCCGGCGCCCCCCGAUCUAACAGUAGCAGCAGUUCUGCUUCGCCUCCGACGUCAGUCCAAACUCCAUCGGUUAAUGCAGCUGCAGCGGCCGCCAUGUUGGUCGUCCCGCAGCCAAUAAAUGCGUCCAAGAUGGGUCAGCAGCAGGGAAGCAUCGUGUCCACCAAUGGAGGCACAGGGCGGAAGUACCAGUGCAAGAUGUGUCCGCAGGUGCGUGGCAGGAAGAGGGGUGCGGGAGCCAAGGGGCGAGAUGGGGCCCUCUCCUGGCCGGGCAUUGACCAUGGCAACCCAGAGAUCUUCGGCUCCAAAGCAGAUCUGCAGUUGCACACACAACUGCACAUGCGAGAAGCGAAGCCAUACAAAUGUUCUCAGUGCAGCAAAGCAUUCGCCAACAGUUCGUACCUGUCGCAGCACACACGUAUACACUUGGGGAUCAAACCAUACAGGUGUGAGAUUUGCCAGAGGAAGUUCACUCAACUUUCCCACCUGCAGCAGCACAUUCGCACGCACACAGGAGACAAGCCAUACAAAUGUCGGCAUCCAGGCUGCAACAAGGCGUUUUCGCAACUCAGCAACCUCCAGAGUCAUUCCAGGUGUCACCAGACAGACAAGCCGUUCAAAUGUAACUCCUGCUACAAGUGUUUUUCUGAUGAGCCGUCCCUCCUGGAACACAUCCCAAAGCAUAAAGAGUCGAAACAUCUUAAGACCCAUAUUUGCCAAUACUGUGGUAAGUCAUACACACAGGAAACAUAUCUGACCAAACACAUGCAGAAACAUGCUGAGAGGACAGACAAGAGACCGCCAAUCACUGGCAUUGGUCUCAACAACCGAAACGUGGCAUCUCUAGGACCUGGGAAUUCGGCGGCGAACCCCACUGGCAACCCCGCAACAGAUCCACACCCAUAUUGGCCCAAAGUUUCACCUGACACUGCAAACUCACUGGUGGAGGCAAUGAACCAACAGCAUGAAGCAUGUCUGCAGUCUGGAAAUGGCGCCAACCUGGGAGAUCAUCAUCUAGCACCAGCUCAACACCAUCGAAGUCUGUUGGAACAUCACAACAGACAGAUGAAUGGAGGUACUAACAGUAGUGGUAGUGGGGGAGGGGGAGGUGACAAUGGUGAGGACCUCGUUGUCAUCAGGAGUCAACAAGGCACGGCACUACACCAGCAACAUUCUUCAGCACCGCCAGCACCACCUCCAACACCCACAUCACAAGUGAUUGUAUCUUCAUCACCAUCCUCAGUCUAUGCAGAUUCCUCAAGUAUAGCUGCUGCUACAGCAAACUUGAUUAAUUCAUCGGCAAUAAAGACAUCCACAACACCAUCUUCGACAUCCGCGUUCACUCCUAUCCAGUCCAUGGGAGGACUGGCACCAGCGCACCACCAUCUGAACCAUCUGAAUCACCACCAGCUGGGCAUGGCAUCAUCCGCAUCUCGACCAGCAUACAUCCCAUAUGAUGCAAUUUCAUUCCCAACAUCAAAAGUUGUGACAUCAUCUUCAGGCCAAAUAUCAGGGCUAGGUGGAGGCUCUAUGGACAUGCCCAAGUCAAGUUCUUCAAACAGCUUUCCAAAUCAGCUGAUCUCCCUCCAUCAGAUCAGGAACUAUGCCCACCAGCCUACAUCAUCAUCGCUCAUGGCAAGUGAACACCUAUUAGGGUUGAAAGAAAAAGGGCAAUAAUGCCACGCCCCCGGUUCUGCUACUUCAGCAAAUAGUGACUACUAUAAUUAUUGUUACAAUGAUAAUUAUUCGAACUACUGUUGGUCUCAAUAAUGCACUUUACAAGUAGUGAUGACCCAUUUGUUAACAUGUGUGAAAAGACAGAGUUUAUCUGCACUUGCUCAUUGAAGAAAGAAGAUAUUCAAAACAGAGUACCCUGUAAAAGACAACAAGUGACUCGCUUGAAGUGAAAUCAGAAUUGGAUCCAUAUUUAUAUGUUACAAGAAGAAAAUGUCAUGUUACAUAAUUCCCGUUGUGUCAUAAGAACAAGUGUUACGUUAUUGUUAUACCUGUUGCUUAUUUCCAAGUCUUGGAGAUGACUAAAAAAACCAAUACAUAGUGUUGGACCCAUAAGAA